UUCCGAAACAUAACUUGAGGCGGUACGCUCACCGGUUAGCAUUACUUGUUGCUUUCUUCCCCCUUAGGGUUUCGAUCAAGCGCCUAGGGUUUGAGAUCGAGGGUUCCUCAACUGGUGGCGCCCAUGGACGCCUCCCUCUCCGGGGCGGUCAUCGCGAAGCGCCUCGCCUCCUGCAACAGAACCGCCCGCGACCGCGCCGUUCGCGCGCUCUCCUCGUGGCUCUGCCGCCAGACCGACGAUGCCGUCUCCGACGCCGACCUCGCCAAGAUCUGGAAGGGUCUCUUCUACUGCGUCUGGCACGCCGACAAGCUCCCCGUCCAAGUCGACCUUGCCGGCCGUCUUGCCGCUCUCCUCGAGUCCCUUGCCGCGCCCCUCGCUGCACGGUACUUUGAGGCCUUCCUCGUCACCAUCCGCCGUGAGUGGGGCGGCAUCGACUUUCUCCGCCUCGACAAGUUCUACCUACUCAUCCGGAAGUUCCUCCGCCAUGCCUUCCUCCUGUUGAGGAAGAACGCGUGGAAUCCGGACCUCGUGGCCCGGAUGAUCGGCAUCCUUUCAAAAAAAUCGCUCCUUGCGAUGGAUAGGUACCCGGCCAAUGGCGUUAACUAUCACGUCACCGAGGUCUUCUUGGAUGAGAUUGAAGAUCUCCUUCCGCUCGCUUUGGAGACUCUGGAUUCGAUGCUGAAGCCCUUCAUUUUGGUGGUGGGGAAAUCUACUGAUAAGGUGCUGGUGAAUAAGAUCAAGGUGAAUAUUUUUGACCGAUUGCUCGACAAUGGAAGGAAGCUGUUGAAUGUUGAGAAGGCUGGAAAUCGGGUAGACUUGGGCAGUGAAGUCGACAGACUUGGAAAUUUUGCUUUGUUGCUACAAUUUGCAAAGAUGUUCUUCGAUUCAGCUUCAGCUUCAGAGACUCUUCAGGGGAAUCGGAAAAUCUUAUUUUGUUUGCAUGAAGAUUUUCUCAAGUUGGAGAACGAUUUACAAAAAUCUGGAAUUCAUAUCUCAGCCCAGCAGUUGGAAAAUGGGAGCUCAGGAAAUAUGAGUGGUGUAGUGAUUUCAGAAAGCACUGAGCAGAUUGAGGUGAACAAUGGAGUUGUUGAUGGUGGCUCACAUGAUAAGCCCAUUAAGAAGCUGAAGAAAUUAAAGGAAGCUUCAGAUGGAAUCAAGAAGAAGAAGAGUAAGACUGGAAAAAAGAAAAAGUCUAUGGAUUCAAUUAUGAACCGUAAGAUUGUCGAGAUCGCAAGUGAGGUUAGCGAUGUUGUUAAUAGUACAAGUUUGAAGGAGGAUAUGGUGGAAACCCAACAGUUGAUUGAUUUCAAUGAAUGCAUGAUCUCUAAUCUUCAAAGACAAUUUGAGAAUGCUGCUGUUGAAGCAGGUAUGGCAAAUGAUGGUGAUCAGUUUAGUGUGCUGCCGGCAACAGCUUCUGCUGUUCCUUCUCUAAAGAAGAGGAAAAGAGCGAAGAGUGCAGAUGCGAACGCCAGUGAGAGUGGGAAUACUGCUAAUGGGACUGUUGGAAAGAGUGGUGAGAAAAGUGUUAAGAAGGUCAGAUUUUCAAUGAAGAGUAACCUGGUCUGGAAGCCAAAUAAUCCGUUGCCUCCACAGUGCUUGAGAUUGCCACCAUCUGUUACUCCAAAAGGUAGUGCACUUAAGAAAGGAGUUCCACCUGGACCCAUCAGGGAAACCCCUCCCACGAUUAAAAAGAUUAAGGUGAAAUCAAGCUCUAUGAAGAAGAGUAAGAAGGGAGUUAAGAGUCCUUCUUCAGCCAUGAAACGCCUUAGAAAGCUGCAGAGCCUUUCUGUGUAGAGCUGCAUGAUUUGUGGUUAUGGUUUGUGCUUUGGGUUUGAAUUUUAUCUCUGCUGCUGUUUCUUUUUUCUUCAGAGUUUAGCUCUACAGUAUGGUGCUGCUUCUUGUCAUCAUUUGGGUUUUGAGUGUUGGAUGGAUAUCAACUAUAAAUUGUUGAUUACACCUGUAACAAGCCACAAGCUGCUAUUUUGAAUAUUGUACUGUUAGCAUGCGUUGUUAGCAAGCUUCACGGUGAAAAAUUCAUGAGCUAGGUAUUAAGGCCA